AUGUUCCGUCAGUUAUUAUCAAAUUGCAAUCAAAUGUUGUUUGGAACUAUUUUCUCGAUUUUUUUGCAAUAUUCCACUGCCAAUGUCCCGCAAAUGAAAGUUUUUGAACUUGGCCAAAUUUUCGAGGAUUUCGGUUGCUUAUCGACUAAUGCUUCAUGUGGCAGAAAUAUGGCAUUUUACACAAUUGAGCGGGAAGUCUCAUCUAAUUUACCGAUGGCUGUAAAAUGCUCGCAACGUUGCUCAUGUGUUGAUGCACGGCAUUUUGAAAUUAAUGGUCAGUGUACCGAAGAACUUCCUGACAUGAAUAUUGGAUCCACAAAUACAAUUUUAACUUCAAAAGUUAUUGCUGGAUCCACGCCUUCUAAUGAAGAAUCGUAUGAACUAAACGAAUUGGUAAGUGAUUAUGAAUGUAGAAUGGUUGAUCGUAGUUGUGGAAAGAAUAUGGUGUUCAAAGAAUUGGCAAGAUUCAACAUAACUUGCGUAGAUAAAUGUGUCUGUGCGAAUAAAUUCGUGGAAUAUAAUAUGCGUUGUGUCCAAUAUAUUUCGAAUGAACUGGACGAUAAACAUGCUGGUGGCUAUCAUUCAAAGAACACUUUUCAUCAGCGCGUGAGAACCUAUAGAUUUGGCCAUAGAAUUUUCGAUCUUACAUGUUCUGUAACUGGGCAGAGUUGUGGCGUUAAUAUGGUCUUCGAAACCAUCAAUCACGUGCAACAAGCGUAUUGCUUCCAAGAAUGCGUUUGCGACAGCUAUUCAGAGGAACAAAAUGGACAAUGCAUAAUUAAAUAUGAAUUGCUAAGCGUCAAAAGUCAAACGAAAAUAUUAGAGAGGAAAGGAAGGAUAGGAAUAAGAUGUGUUGAGAAUGGAAAUUGCAAGCUUGAAGAAAUAUUUCACGAAGUAGAAUGCACGCUACGAGGACAUCCAUGUGGACCAAAUAUGCAGCUGGCUAUAGCAAAUCUAAGCAAAGCCCUCGAGGGAGGAACGCUCAAAUGCACUAUGAAGUGUCAAUGUGCAUAUGGUUAUACUGAAGAAAACAAUCAGUGCAUUCGUAUAACCGUUGACUUUAAAUGGUCUUUGAGCGAAGGUGGAUACAAUCUUGAUUUGAUUUGUACAUUUCUUUGCCGACAAGCGAUAUUCAUUAUACAGUCUAUCGAUAGUUAA